CGGAAGUGGUUUCGGCCCUAGUGGAUCCGGGUGGGUGCGCGCAGGUGGCCGAGGAGGGUUCCAGGUCCUCAGCGUGAGGUGCCGCAGGUGUUCAGGUUGGGUCCUGGGUCGCAGGAAAACAAAAGAUAGAUGGUGGAGAAAAUCACAUGUGAUAAGAAAAAUGGAAGAAAGACUAUUUUGUGGGGUUUCCCUGACUAAAGGAAUCUACAAUUCUUAUUUUUUUUAAUUGUAUAAACUAAAUGAACAUCAAACUGAUCACACAGUGGUCAACUAAGGAUUGUGGGAUUAGUGAUAUGCUUUCCUAAACAGCACAAAAAAUGUUGAAGAUGUCUAGAUACUUAAUGGCUUUGACAAUGACCACCCUCGUCGGUGUGGCCGUGGGGGGGUUUGUCCUAUGGAAAGGCAUCCAGCGGCGGCGGAGGAAUAAAGCGAGCCUUGAUGGUGGGCAGCAGUGGCGUUGGCAGCAGCAAGCACCCGGUGGGAGACAGCUGCCCCCUCCAGAGGAGGACCAGCUUCGCCCCAGUGCCCCCAGAGCCUCAUGGGAGGAGAGGAUCCUCGGAGCAAAGGUGGUGACUGUGUCUCAGGAGGCGGAGUGGGAUCAAAUCGAGCCCUUGCUUAGGAGUGAGUUAGAAGAUUUUCCAGUACUUGGAAUCGACUGUGAGUGGGUGAAUUCGGAAGGCAGAGCCAGUCCUCUGUCACUCCUUCAAAUGGCCUCCCCAAGUGGCUUCUGUGUCUUGGUUCGCUUGCCAAAGCUGAUCUGUGGAGGAAAAACACUACCAAAAACGUUAUUGGACAUUUUGGCAGAUGGCACUAUUUUGAAAGUUGGAGUAGGAUGUUCAGAAGAUGCCAGCAAGCUUCUGCAGGACUAUGGUCUUGUGGUUAAGGGCUGCCUGGACCUCCGGUACCUAGCUGUGAGGCAGAGAAACAAUUUGCUCUGUAAUGGGCUCAGCCUGAAAUCCCUUGCCGAGACAGUUUUGAACUUUUCACUUGACAAGUCCCUUCUGCUUCGCUGCAGCAACUGGGAUGCUGAGAAUCUUACUGAGGACCAGGUGAUUUAUGCUGCCAGGGAUGCCCAGAUUUCAGUGGCUCUCUUUCUCCAUCUUCUUGGAUACCCUUUCUCUAGGAACUCAACUCUAGAUGGAUACGAUGACCACAUUGGCUGGAGAAAAGUCUUGGAGAAAUGCCAAGAUAUGGUAGACAUCCCAUUCCGAAGCAAAGGAAUCAGCCGACUGGGGGAAGAGUUUAAUGGGGAAGCUGCAGAAGCUCAGCAGAAACCAAGAAAUAAGAAGUCUAAGAUGGAUGGAACGAUGCUAGGCAACCACCAAGGGAGAGACCCCAGAAGGCAUAAAAGAAAGCCCCUGGGGGUGGGCUAUUCAGCCAGAAAAUCACCCCUCUAUGACAACUGCUUCCUCCAUGCUCCUGAUGGACAGCCCCUCUGCACUUGUGACCGAAGGAAAGCUCAGUGGUACCUGGACAAAGGCAUUGGAGAGCUGGUGAGUGAGGAGCCUUUUGUGGUCAAGCUACAGUUUGAACCUGCAGGAAGACCCGAAUCUCCAGGAGACUAUUACUUGAUGGUUAAGGAGAACCUGUGUGUAGUCUGUGGCAAGAAGGACUCAUACAUUCGGAAGAACGUGAUUCCACAUGAGUACCGGAAGCACUUCCCCAUUGAGAUGAAGGACCACAACUCCCAUGAUGUGCUGCUGCUCUGUACCUCCUGCCAUGCCAUCUCUAACUACUAUGACAACCACCUGAAGCAGCAGCUGGCCAGGGAGUUCCAGGCCCCCAUCGGCUCUGAGGAAGGUCUGCGCCUGCUGGAAGAUCCUGAGCGCCGGCAGGUACGGUCUGGGGCCAGGGCCCUGCUCAACGCAGAGGGCCUGCCUGCUCAUCGUAAGGAGGAGCUGCUGCAAGCACUCAGAGAAUUUUACAACACAGAUACAGUCACAGAUGAGAUGCUUCAAGAGGCUGCCAGCCUGGAGACAAGGAUUUCCAAUGAAAACUACAUUCCUCAUGGGCUGAAGGUGGUGCAGUGCCAUAGCCAGGGCGGGCUGCGCUCCCUCAUGCAGCUGGAGAGCCGCUGGCGCCAGCACUUCCUGGACUCCAUGCAGCCCAGGUACCUGCCCCAGCAGUGGUCGGUGGACCACAACCAUCAGAAGCUGCUCCGGAAAUAUGGGGAAGACCUUCCCAUCAAGCUGUCGUGAUAGCGGCUUUCCUCCCAGGUUAGGACAGCUGGGAAGCUGAGUAAAGGUGGGAAAGUCACCUCUUCCCGUGUCAUUAAUUGUCAGAGCCUAGUGUUACAACUUGGAAUGCUAACCCACGCUGAUCCCAGGAUGCUUCUGGUGGAGCGAGGCUGUUGCUUCAAGGGGAGCUUAUGGUUUUGGAUUUUAGUUGGGCAGGGUAAGAAUUCUUUUUUGCCUCCUUAUUUUAUUUUUAUGGACAAAAGGGCCUUGGCCUCCAUUUUACUUUCCUUCUUUUGCUUUCCCUGUGCAGACAGCAAAUGAAGGAGUCUCCCUGAAGUGACUUGUUAAGACGCUCAGGUUUUUAAUACAUUUCUUCCCUGUCUAGUAUGUUGGUUUUUCUCAAACAGGAGGAAGUCAAGUAUUUUAAUCCCAUUGGGUUAGGAUGGGAGAAAACAUGCUUCUAGAGGUUGGAGAGGUGAACAAGGAGUCGGAUUCAUUUUCCCAGUUCCAGCUCAUAAUUACAAACUCUUUGGCUCUCCCACAGUUCACCUGGUUGAGAUCCAUUCCAUCUAGGUCACUUCAGUUUAUUUCCAUACUUGAGAAUGCUCCCCUUUCCAUGUCCAGGACCAAAGCAGCAACUUCCUGCCAUAUGCUUCCACCCUAACACUGAAGGAAAUCCUUUUCUGGAAAUAGGCCUUCUAACUGGGUGGGGCAGAGAGAAGUAUAAGCACCGUCUCUCAAGAGAACUUUGAUAUUUGCUCAGCUUUCCCUUUCAUGCUUUGUUGUCUGUCUGUUGCAAUCCUCCUGUCCAGAAGUACAAGGUUUUUAGCUUAAUCCCUUUCUGAGACAAAGAUUAUCUUCUUUCAGAAUCAAUGUCAGGUCCUUUCUGUGUCUAUGUUCCAUCAGAUUUGUAAUACUGACCUUUUUUAAACACUUAAUUCUCUCUUGGAGUCCUUUGGUUUCUCCACCUGCUCUCAUGCCUGGGACUCCUAGAUUAACUCAUAUAUUUACAUGUUCAAAAUGGUGGUGUUUCAUCUCUUUAUAGUAAAGCCACCACUUUGAGGAUGAAAUCAAGUUAUUAGUGAUUAGUAUUUUUUCUAAACUAUGAGAACUUUUUUAUUUUACAAGAUCGUAGCAAACUUUAAAAAAUAAUUUUAUGACCAGAAUCCAGCAGUUUUGAAAUUGUGCCCAGGUUGAUGAUAGUUAUUCUAACACUGAUAAAUAAAACUUCUUCUAAGCACAAAGCUCACUGUAAAUGUAAAAACUUUUUUUCUUCACAGCUUUAUAAAAUCGGUAAAUCUUCUUGGAGGAGGAAAUAUUUAUCCUUCAGGUCUGUGCCGUGUGGCAGCGGUAUGGUAUCCACACAGGUGUACUGCACAGAGCAUGCACAUAGACAUACCAUGCACAGAUGUACCACACACGACGUGCGUGCAGACAUACCAUGCACAGAUGUACCACACACAGCAUGCGCACAGACAUACCGUGUGCAUUGUGACUAUAACCCAUCAACACAUGGUCAGCAGAUGGAUGUGCACAUCUUGCACUUUAUUCCUCUGCUCCUUCAUUUCCUCUUGUCCUCAACCAGGUAUUUCUGGGAUCUGAACUAGGAAUCCUUGAAAAUGAAUAGUACCAGCCACCUUGGGGACAGUAUGUUCAGUGUGGUAGGUAACUGUGGGGCAUGUGCCUCAGUGACAACCCCAGGCUCGAGAGUCCAGAAACAAUGGAGAUUGAUGGGUGGUCCUUAAAGUAGGCAGGCUUGCCACAAGGUGGCACUCACAGAUUUUGUUUUAUAUUCAUUCUUGAGAAAUAGGGCUUUUAUACAUGGUCCCUGAACAUAACCGAUGACUUAUAUUUCCACAUUUGUGUAACUGAUUUGGGAUAAUUUGGAUAGGUUUAAAAGAAAAACUUCUUCCUCUGAAACAGGGAGUAGAGUGCCUGCAUUCUCUUUCCCUGUGAUCCUCAUGCUAAGAGGGAAGAAACACAAGGUCAUUUAGGUGUAAUGGUUGCUGUGGGAAGAAGAAAUGGAUUUUCCAACAGAGCUUCCUGCAGAGCCCAGUUACAGAGCCAGCAGGCACCGUAGAGAAAGAAGCUAGACUGGCACAUGAGAUUUCUCACCCUUCCCAGAAGUUCCUGUGUAGAUUUGACUCUUUGUUCUCUGAGUCAGCCUUUAGCACCCUUUCCGGAAGACUGACAAUUGUGAUCUCAAAUGAGAUAUUUUAGGACAGGCAUAUUUUAAAAGAAAUGCUUAUUGUUUUUUGCUGAUAGAAACGUAGUAUAUGUUCAUUAAAGAGGAUUAGUCUAAAAAAGGAAUAAAAACCAUCCAUCUUCCCUCUAUCCAGAAAAGAGCUAACCUUUGCUGGUAUGUCCAUGAAUCUCUUUUUCAGUAUUUAAAAAUGCAUAUAAUACAAACAAAAUUCAGAGUCCUACAUAUAUACAGCUUGGCAUCUUAUUUCCUCCCCCUUCACUUAACAUGGUACCACAAGUAAUUAAUUUCCUGUGCCCCUAAUCUUUAAAAGUAGAUUUCUAGUGGCUCUAUAAUACUUUAGUUUAGGGAUCCCUGGGUGGCGCAGCGGUUUGGCACCUGCCUUUGGCCCAGGGCGCGAUCCUGGAGACCCGAGAUCGAAUCCCACAUCGGGCUCCCGGUGCAUGGAGCCUGCUUCUCCCUCCGCCUGUGUCUCUGCCUCUCUCUCUCUCUCUCUGUGACUAUCAUAAGUUAAAAAAAUAAAAUUAAAAAAAUAAUACUUUAGUUUAAAGUUCAUUCCUAUACUGUUGAAAAUUUUGGUUGUUUCAAAUCUUUUGUUAAUAUCAGUAAUGCUGUGAUGAACUAUCUUUUGUAUAAAUCUUUGACUGACUAUAUCUUUGAUGACUUACUUAGGAUAGGAUCCUAGAAAUUAGAUGAGGCAGAGGGGACUCACAUUGCUGGAAUGAGGAGUACCAAUUGAUAUCACCUUUUAGGAGUAUAUAUCAGGGAAAUGCUUCUCUCUGACCCUCUAGCUCAUGUCCCAGUGCAUUUGCUGAGCCUCCAUGUGAACAGUAGUGAGAGGUCAGUGUCAUGGCAAGGGCCUUUCUGUGCCCUGAUUGUUGUGUUUUGAGGUUCAGAGUCUUUUCUCUGCUUCCCCUUGUCUCUUACCCUUUAUUGGCUUAUUUCCUCUUGUAGCCAAUGUUUUUUGGGAACACUAUUUUAAAAACGUAAAAUAAAAGUUACAGAUAAAUAUUUUUGCGUGUACAAUACACAAGCAAUCAGUGAUUUGUUAUUCUAAAGUGAACAAGGCACAAUAUUCAGGGAUUUGUUGCUUUUUAAGAGUGCAGCCAUAAGUUACUUAUUCUUAUCCAUGUCACGGAUGGAGAUCAGAUGACAAAAUGUGUUCUGUUGAAAUAAAGCCAUGUUAAUCCCUCACUUUAGACUCUUAGGAACCCAGUAGGCAGAAAGAGCUCUUGUGCAGCUUCCUUUUUUACCUAUUACCAGCGGGCCCUAACAUUUGACUAUAAUCUAAAUUCUGAGUUUACCAUAUUUCUCUGAGUUUUUCAUUCAUUUAUCCUUUCCUCCUUUUCUUUUUCCUUCAUUAUGUCUCAUUGUCAUAGAAGGUAUCAGUUUUUACUUUUAAAGAAGAUAGUUUCCUGGCUUGCUAGUCUAUUAAUUAUUACAUAUGUUAAAAGCGUCCUUUCUAAUCUUUCAUCUUUUCUGUUGCUUAGUGGCCAUUUUUGGAAUGCCUCAUCCUUUAGGAACAGUGGGUAUCAGUUUUUCAUGGAUGAGAUAAGCUGAAUGAGGGUGUAAGAAUGAUCUUGUUAUGAUGAACUCUUGAUCUGAAUAACAAAAAUAUAAUACAUUGUCCUCAGAAUACUUUUGCUUUGGAACUCAGCAGUCUAUUUAGGUAUUCACCAAGUUACCUCCUCAUGCUGCAGCCUUAUACCUUCUGCCUGUCCCCAGUCCUGGAGCAGUUUCACUUCAGGUGAUGCCACAGGGCUUACAUGAAGCCAGGGAGCCUGCUGGUUCAAAUUACCCAUCCCACCAACCUGCUAGGAGAUGCAUUAGUCACUCCCCUUUGCUCAAGGCACCAAUGCUUGCUUGCUAAUGCCAGCAUGUUAUUCGGGAAGAUGGGAAGUCCAUUAGACUAUUAUUUCCAUCUAACCAGAUCUGUCUAUCGUUCAGUCUUGUUGGAGAUCCCUAGACACUGUGGGUAACUGGACCAAAUGGGUAAUCAUUUGGGGGAUAAUCUGGAACUUUCUUUGCAUAAGAAUGGGGAAUAUCAAACUAGUUCAGACAUCCUAGGUAUCCUCUUCUAAUGUAGGAAAGGUCAUUUUCUACUCUGAAUGGAGGUAGUUAAUUUCCUACCCUCCAGACUGAACUCAGAGCAUUUUCCCUCCUUCUAGCUUCCUUGUUAUCAAUUCUUGCAUUUUCCUCUUGCUAAGUGAGUAGUCUGUUGCCUUUCUGCCUUCAUAAGCUCUAAAAGCUACUGAGUUUGUAGUCAGCAUUAUUAUAAGCAUGAUGUGUGGUCCAAAAUAUUCUUGAGUUGGGGAGGCUUAUAUUCUACUCCUGCUUCCCAAAAAUCUCCCUUUUCAGACUUCAACAUGCUGGGGCAGAGUUUGGAUUCUGACUAUUCAGGUCACCAGGGUAUCCAUUAAGUCUUGGAUAAGAACCAAGCAAGCAUUUGAGCUUAGUAAGCUAACAGCUGAAAAGAAAUGGGAGACUGAGACCUGGGUAGUUUUAAAAGAAGUGUGUUUAUUUAGUUAGUGGAUUGAUUGGGGGGGGUGUAGCCCAUAGAUUUAACUUUCUAUUUUGCUUUUCUCUAUGCUCAGUUCUGUUGUGUGUUGGAUCAGAGGAAUGGGCUGGUGAUUUAGGUUUUGGUUCUGGCCAUUAACUGUGUAUCUUUGGACUAAUAACUUCUCUGGGCUCCUUUACCAAUAAAGUUAGAAGUUGAAGUUAGAUGUGCUAUAAGGACCCUCCUAGCUAUAGUGUUCUGUAAUACAUCCCACUGUUUCUUAUGUGGCACUUUCCCUUUGGAGCUGUGUACCUUCUGCUUCGUUGCACACCCUCAUCCCGCCCCCAGCCCUGGGAAUGGAGACUGUACAUGGAAAGAGGGGGAAUGAGGAAAGCAGGAUGCCACACCAUGUCCUCCUGGCCUCAUUGACUAGAGAGAAGCCUGCUUCCUCCAUCUGGUGUUCCACCUGGGGUCGGAAUAUACUUUUCACCAGAGAUGUGCUGUGCAUGGCCUUAGGGAACUCACAUUUCUACUUAGUUCACUAUUUAACAAUAAAAAAAGAAGAGAAAUAUUUAUCUUCAACUGCAUUGCUAGUGCUGUAAGGUUUAAUAAGAGAUAAGCACAGAAUGGAAAUGAGGCAAGUUUGCCAAGUAUUAUAGAUGGGAAGAUAUUGAGAAAGAAGGAGUAGGUGUUUCUCAUUUUAAGGAUAGGAGAAAUUAAGACUAUACUAUAGAGGACUGAAUAGAAUUAGGUACUUCAAAAAGAAAACAUUAAACCAAUAAGCUAAAAAUAUUCUCUUUUUAUGUUGUCAUGACUGCCUAAGAAAAUUGAGGGAUCCACAGUGUUAACACAUUGUUAUCCACCUGUAAGUCCUAAAACAUGAUCAACUCACAGGGAGACUGGGAAGUUUUGGGGGCCUGAAUCUUGUAUAACCCUGACUGGCCUUGGACUUUGUCCCUCUUACCUUUAUCUGGCCACCAGCAAGACAGACAUUUGUAAAACAUAAAGUUUAUAUCUUAUAAGCUAUCAAAAGACAUUUCUCUCUCUAUAUAUGUCCCUAUGACUAGACAGAGAGCAUUUCCCAGUUCAUCCUUGUGCUUAGUUUCAGUCCCAAAGAGGGUGUUGGUAUAUUGGCUUUUCUUUGUGUAGCACAGAUUUGGACCAAAUAUGCUAAAUUUGAAGCUCUUUUUAUAACAGUCGCUCAGAUAUAGACAUGAGCCCCCAUUUUCUACCAAAUUAGGGUCAUUUUGUUGCUGUAGUUCCAAAAGAUAGCCAAAAGGAAGGCUAAGGUGUAUUUCUCUGCCCUCUGAUGAACCCUAACUUCAUCUAAAAUUCUGACAUCUUUUGUUAUAUCCCAUAGAGCUAACUAGAAUUCCAGUCAGCUAGCUUAGUUUUUUCAAAUCAAAGUAUGUAUAUUUGGCCUUGAAGGUUUGGUAGGUCUGAGCUAUAGCCACAUACAUAUGGCUUCCUCUGUGUUCUUGGAUACAAUGAACAGGACUAAUGUUGGCUCCAAAAAGGGACAGAAGAUGGCUUGUGGUUAGUUUUUCUUUCUUAAAUGUUAUACAAGUGCAGAGCAGUUGGCUGCCGUCCCCCUCUCAAACCAUCAGCAGAGCUUGACCUUGGCCAAGAUUUUGCCUCAUCCUCUCGGCAUUUCAGCAUAGAGUUGCGUGUCAGCCAUGGAAUGCUUAACCAAAAGCACAUGCUGUAGUGAUGGUUUCCAAAAAGCAAGUUCUUACAAAACGUCUACAUCAUGUUGUCCUCUCAAAACAAGUUUUCUCUGAACCACCAACCCAGUAAACCUUGAAAUGACGAUUUUUGACUCUUUCAUUCAUAAAAGCUAGGAUUUUUGUUGUUAAUAAUACUUUAUUGAAGCACAGUAUAAUGAACAUACAAUAAAGUACAAAUCUUGAGAGCA